AUGCCAUUGUUUGGUAGAGAUUUAAUGAAAGCAUUCAACAUCACAUGGUCACAAACAAAUUUUGUUAAAGGUGAUUAUGAAUUAUCGGGGUUAUUAAAUGAAUAUAGUGAGUUAUUCGAUGGUGGUCUUGGCGAAUAUAAGGGUUAUAAUGUUAGUUUGGAAUUGAGUGAAGAAACUAAACCAAUAUUUUGUAAGCAUCGCACUAUUCCGUUUGCACAUAAAAUGGCAGUAGAGAAAGAAUUAAUAAAAUUAGAGGAAGCAGGUGUUAUUAAGAAAAAUGAUGAUUGCCAGUGGGGCACACCUUUAGUCCCAGUUUUAAAACCAGAUGGUUCUAUUAGGCUGUGCGCUAAUUACAAAACAACAAUAAAUAAAUACAUUAAAGAUAUUCAUUACCCUUUUCCUAGGAUUGAGGAACUAUUUGCUAUAAUACAAGGUGGUGAGACAUUUUCAAAGCUAGAUUUCAGUAAUGCUUACAAUCAAUUAAAAUUAGAUGAUAAUACUAGUAAACUUUUAGCAUGGAGCACACACAAGGGGACUUAUGAAGUGUUACUUAUGCCAUAUGGCAUAAAGCCUGCAACAGCAAUUUUUCAAAGAAAAGUUGAAAAAGUAUUUAAAGAUUGCCCCUAUACUGCAAAACCUAUUAGAUGA